CGAGUCGUUCAAAACACCAACGAGGCUCCAGAAAACCUGGGAAAUAUUCUCAUCUCUACGUUACCUAACGAACCAACUUUUCAGUCAUGCAGAAACUGGAUGUUUCAACACAAGGCAAAGACGGCAGCUCAUCUCCGAUUCGAAUGGAUAAUGGCUGAGCCGUCUACAAACGGAAGCUGGAGUUACCUACAAAAAGCACAACGGGAUAUGAGACAAAACGAAGCCAUUUUGGAGAACUGGACGGAGCUCUCGCUGGUGUUCAAUAGUAAGUAUUCUGGAUCCUGCAUGACCCUCUGUCCUCCAAGAAACUUCGGCAAUUAA